AUGUCAGCGCGGCGUGUGUGCGACGCAUGCCAUUCACGCAAGGUACGAUGCGACAGAAACGAUCCCUGCGGGAACUGUCUAGACCAGAGUUCUGUCUGCACGAGGAGUCGGGGGAUGAGGAGGCAUCCGAAGAGGGAUUUACAGAGUCAAAGACAGAGUCAGAGACAGAGUUAUGGAAGUUCUCUUGUUCUUGCUCCGAGAGCGAGUCCUGGCCCUUCUUAUCGUCCUGGUGCUGUUGGGGUUGAACCGUAUCAAGAUACAGGUCUACGGCAACAGCAACAGACUGAAUCUGAAUUUGAGCUUGGAUUUGAACCGGAAUCUGGGGAUGGGGUUGGGCUGGAUUUGUUUGAUGAGCAGCAAUUCAUGCUCUUGAAUCAUUUUGACUUGGAUUUUAGUAUGAAUAUGAAUAUGAACGUGGGAUACAGCUGGAUGGAGAUUGUCCCGCUGACAGAGGACCAGAUGAUUCGGCGGGUCCACACAUCGCAGGAUAUUACCUGGAGUAUAGAGAGACGACAGGCCUUGGAGUCUGCGUUGUCGGUUGCUGGGAGGGUUCUGGGGAGUAUGGAGCAGAGCCAGGGCACGGAGACUGGAGUUGGUGUUGAGCGACAUAUUCCCUCGUUGGAGUUGUUGUAUUGGAUGUUGAAUGACAUUGGAAGCCCUAAAUUCGGCUCCUUCAUCUCCGACUACUUCAGACACGUCAGCAAAGACUCCCUCAAACACAUGGGUCUAUCCCUGAUAUCAAAUACCGCGACACCCCCAGACUCAACACUCUACACCGUCUGCGUCAACUCGCUCGCAUUCAAGUUCCUAAAUGCAACACUUGGGACUGCCCAGGACGACGACGACGAACUAACCCAGAACCUCCGCCACAGCGCCCUUCUCUACCGCGAGACCGCAAAAGCCGCAUUGAAGGAGAUACCACUAAUAACCAAGCCCUCUCUCCACCUUCUCCAAGCCCUACUAUGUGGCAUUUUCCUACACCAGGGCUCCGGCGACACGAAUACCUGCCGCGAGCUAACAAAGACCGCGUGCCGCGUAUGCAUGGAUAUCGGGCUAUACCCUGGUGUCGCUGAUCUCCAAUCCGUCACCGAGGCAGAGUACUACUGCUUCAUGUGGUGCUACAAGCUGGACCGGAACUACGCGUGGAAAUCUGGGGGAGCGAGGAUACUCACUAUAGAUGCGGAUCCUGAGAUUAUCAGUCCUUCCACAGCACCGAAUAUCUCCGCUUCGGAACUUAUUCUUAUUAACCUGGACCUAGCGAAAGUCCAAGACGCGAUGAUUCCCUUCUUGAAUGAUCCGGCUAGAGCGGCGAGGGAGGACAUAUUCAACCUGGAAUAUGGUACCGGGACAGGCCUUUUGAGGACGAUGGAGCGGAUUCGUCGGGAUAUCGACCAGAUAAGAGAUCCUUCUCCAAAAUGGACAGGGCUCGAUCCAGCCAGCGAAAUCGCAACCCUCGACUUUGCCUACCACUGCAUCCUCACCAAUCUCCUACAUCUGCGCCAGCUCGCCCUCAGCAAUACCCAUGCUCAAGCGCAGAUAUUAACGCCUGUAGAGACGUAUCUUGAUUCCGCGCGCCGAGGACUCCAGGCCCUCAUCGCCCUCUGCGCAUCUGACGAUAGACGGAAGACGGUUGCAUAUUUGCACUGGACUCUACUAUACUACCCCAUAACAGCAUACAUAGCGCUAUUCUACAACGCCGUGGCAACCUCACACAGCGGCGACUUCGCCAUACUAACGACCGUCGCGAGAUGCCUGGCAAAGACAGGGUCCCUGAGUCCGCGUGUUGCGGCCAUGCAGGGUCUAUUUCAGGAGUUUGUGUUGCUUUGCCGGGGGGUUUUUCUUGAUGUCAGUCUCGAUGUAGGGAAUGAUAUGGGGUCGGUCUCUUUGCCUUCUGGUUUGGGUGUGGGAGUGGAUAUGGGUGGCAGUGUGCCGUUGGAUGGAGAGCCAGGGGCUGAAUGGGGGUUUGGUGCUUUGACGGAAUUGGAAGAUUAG